AUGCAUGUCUCGAUCGAGGGGCUGUACUGUGUGCUGUCCAUCUCGCCGGAUGAUCUGGACGCGGUGGAUCUCGUCGCCGGAUCUCUCCGACCGGAAUCAGUGCUCGACUUCCUCGAGCGCCGAGUGCAAGAUGCCAUGAAGGACCUGGCCAGCUCGCUCAGUGGAACUCCUUCGGCCUCUUCCGGCUCGGCCAAGGGCCCGAAGAACACCGGCUUCGGAGCUCGCCUUGUGGCCCGGCUCAUCCAAAACCUCCACCUGGUCGUUCGGAACAUCCACGUGCGCUUCGAGCAUGUCUUUCCGGCGCCGACCUUUGCCGGCCGGGGCGCGGCCGGCCCCUCUGGCCGGCGCUCGCCCGGGCCUGGCCCCGGUGCCGGCACCGGGCGCGGCAUCAGCGCCGGCCUGACCCUCGGGUCCUUGGUCCUCGGUAAUGCCCCCACUGGGGAGCCCUCGAAGAAGGGCAAACCCCCGGCCGGGGGCUCCUCCUCGGGGAACCCCUUCGACACGGCCAGCAAAUCCAGCCGCGGGAGCAAGAAGCCCAGCCGGUCGGACGCCGGGUCCGGUGGCGUGGAUGCCGGAGCCCCGGAUGCCGGCGUCCGCAAGGAGCUUGCUCUCGAAUGCCUGGCGGUGUACCUGAAUCAGCAUGAGGCCGACUGGCCCGGGACCGAAGACCCGCGCGCGUGCCCGGCCUCCGGCGGCCCGGCGUCCUGGCUGCUGGGUCGCGAUCUGGACCGCACGCGCUUCGCACACCGCAUGGCCGGGUGCAUUGCCUCGGAAUCGGUGGCCUCGACGGCGGCCACCGGCGGCGUGGCGCCGCUUGCAUGCACGCACGUCCUUCGGCCCUUCAGCCUGGCGGCGCAGGUGUCCCUGCGGAAUGUCGGCCAGCCGCCGGUCACUUGCAUCGAUGUCCGGGCGCGGCUCCACUCGCUGCCCCUCUACCAGGCGGGGUCCAUGCUGGCGGUGGAUGACCGCGGCGUGUCGACCCGCGACUAUCGGCUCCCCUCCGGGACCAAUGUGGCUCCGGAGGUCGGGGCCCUGCGCAUCGAGCUUGCCGCCGGCCAGUAUGCCCACCUGCUGGCCGUGGCCGGCGAUGUGAUGCUGCGCAUGCAGCGCCGGCAUCGGGCCGCCGGUCGGGCGCGCUUCGGCCUGGUCACCCCGGCCCCCUUGCCCUCUCCCUGCCGGUCGCCGACUGCCCCGCCGUUGAUGCCCUCGCCGCUGCUCAGCCCGAGCACCGGCGUCGACCUCUCCGGGCGGACUCCGCUGGCUCGGCUCCGGUGGCAGUAUGCCGUGGCGUGUGUGCUGGCGCGGACGCCGGCCGGGCCGACCUCCUCGGCCCGGCGCAUGCACCAGGUGGCCCGAGCCCGGCAGGCCUGCCAGCAGCUGGCUCGCGACCUGGCCCUGAUGGUAUCCUCCUCGGGGUCGGCCAUCAUCUCGUCCUCCGGCGGCCCGGCCGGGGCCCUGCCGGCUGCCGGUCUCGAAGCCGGCGGGGGGUCUGCCUCUGGGUCCUCCUCCAGCAGCUCCUCCGGCUCCUACUCCAAGGCCCUGGCCGACGCCCGGGCGCGCUCUCUCCAGGCCGAGCGCAACUACAUCUACCUGAUGCUGCAGUGUGACCUGACCGAGCCGCAUUCCGUGGGCGGGCCCAUUUCCGCGGUGCCCGUGACGGCUCUCUAUGAAGCGGCGCAGGUCCUGCGCGCCAUUCGCGACCAGGCCCUCGGGGUGGUGGCGCAAAUGACCGAGGCGGCCCUGCGCAUUCGCGACGCCAACAAGCGCUUCUCCUCGUCCGGCGGCGGGUCGGCCACGUCCGGCGGGGCGUCGACCGGGUCGCGUCUCAAGCCCCCCUCCGGGCGGCGCUCCCGCGCCGACUCCCUCAGCUCGGCGCGCAUCCUCUCCCAAACGGCCGAUGCCCCGGAUCCCGGCACCCCCGACCCCACCCCCGACGGGCCAUCCAUCCCCCGGAGCACGUCGCUCGCCUCGCUGUCGGGCAUCCCGGCAUCCGGGUCCUUCGCCAGCGAUCUGGCUGCCAUGGCUGGCGGCCCGGCAUCCGGCCGGGCCAGCUUCGCCGACAGCCCGGCCACCGAGGAGGACGAAGAGGUGGCCAUGGCCCGGGCGGCGGCGGCCAUGGCGGCGGCGGCGGCCGCCUCGCGUUCCGGCUCCUCGGGCUCCGGGGCUUCCUCCUCCGGCGCCGGCGCCGGGGCCUCCUCCUCGUCGGCCACCAAGCGCCUGUCCUCGCGACUGAAGGGCAUGUUCCGGCCGAAGGACUCCCCCGGGUCCGGUGGCACUGACCCCUCGCUGGUGGCCGCGUCGCACCAUCACCGCGCCUCGUCCUCUUCCUCCUCGCCCGGGGGGACUCCCCCUCCGGGGUCCGGCGGCUCGUCGCAUGAAACCCUGCCGCCAGUGGCCCCGGAGGCCAGUGCGGCUGCCUCCUCCUUCCGGAUCACGCGGUCGCCCUCGGUCGGCUCGGGGCUGGCCUCCUCCGAGCUGGGAACCGGCUCGGUCGGCUCGUCGCAGCUGUCCAUCGGCUCGGGGGCGUUUGCAUCGUCGGGAUCCGGUGCCGGGGCCAAUGCCGCCCCCUCGAGCCGGUCGGCCUCGGUGCCGGCCUCCCCGUCGGCCGGCCUGUCGCCGGCUGCCUCGUCGCUGGAUGUGCGCUCGGGCGCCGGCAAGCCCGGGCCGGCGCCCUACCUCACGCCAUCGGCCAUGGCGGCGGCCUUCGAUGCGGCGCUGUCCCUACGGCCGACCGGGCCGGUGGACGGGGCCGAUCGGUCCGCCUCGCCGCCGCUGCGUGCCACCGAUGCCGCCGGGCCCGGCGGUGUCGGCCGGCCCGGGCCGGCGAUCACCGUCGGGUCGUUGGUGACGGCCGCCGCGGUGACCGGCACUUCGGCAUCGUCCCCGGCCAGCCCGGGUGGGCGGCAGUUGCACAUUUCCGACGCCGUGGCCGACUAUGUCAGCCUGACCGGUCUGCGCGACAGCGACUGGGACAGUGUGCUGGGUCUCGGGGAUGAUCCGACCGCUUCCGGGGAGUCUCUCCCAUCCGGGCGCUCCUCGUCCGGCGAGAAGGCCGCCUCGCGCCGGCGCAUGGAAGUUGCCUGGCGCCUGCGGUGCGACAUGCCCGGGCUGAUUGUGGUCAUGCGCCGGGGCGCGUCCAGCUCGGCGCAUGAGCCGAUGUCCCGCUCGCGUCCGGCCGGCCACCACCGGGAUGAGAUCUUCCGCGUGUGUGUGUCCGGCCUGAGUGUGUGCGUCGGGUCGCACGGGGGCCAGCUGCCUGCGCGGGCGGGUACCGGCUCGCGUCGUGCGAUGUCGAGCUCCGGGGCCACGGCCGGCGCCCCGGCCUCCGGCCUUCGGCACUCCUCGUCCACGCUCUCCAUCAGCUCGGUGACGUCGGUGUCAUCCACGCGCCCGGGGUCGGCCCCGAAUUCGGCCCCCCUGGACAUGGCCGGCUUCGUGCCCGGGCCCGAUGACUUCGGGGGGACCAUCACCCUGGAGGCUUUGCGCAUUUUGUCCGGCGUCGAGCCCGCCAAUGGGGGGCUCGUGCUGGAGUGUGCCCUGCCCGUGUCGGCCAGUUCCAGUGGGCUGACCUUGAGUGUUGACAGUUUGGCCUCCGGCUCGGAUGCCGGGCUGGAGGGCAGUGCGGAUCUCUUGCAAACGGCCAGCCGGGCAGCGGUCAGCAUCUUCCUGACGCCCCAGCCGCUGCCGGGCAUCAUGCCCUCCGGGGCCGAUGCCACGGCCAUGCCGGCCCCCCUGGCCGUGGACGUGUGCCUUCAGGCCACCCUGCGUGCCAGCUACCCGACGGCCGCCGUGGCCGCCUGGCUGGACUGGCUGGCGCCGGACUUCUCGCUGGCCCAUGGGGGCACCCCUGGCGGCGGGCCCUCCCGGGGUGGGUCGUCCUCGGGGACCGGCGAUUGCCCGGUCGAGCGGGACCUCCGGCAGUAUGUCCAUGCGGCGGUGCAUUCCUUCAUGGAGCGAGUUGCCCGGGGAUCGGACGCCCAGGACCUGGCGGCCCUGCUGGGCAGCCCGCUGUUUUUGGGCAGCGCGGCGGCCGGGGCCACCGACACGGCGAACACCGGCGGCUCCUUCGGGUCGGUGCAGUCGCCGACAGCGCGGCCGCACGCCGACCGCCUUGGCCGUGCGCGCAUGAAUCUCCUGCGUGCCUGGCAGCACAUUUCCAGCCAAACGGCCGGCUACUUCCUGUCAGCGCAUGUGAGCUUCAAUCAUGGGCUCUUCCUGUUGGUUCCCGGCACGCGAUUUGCCUCGCGUGGGCACACCGGCACCGGCCGGCCGGGGGAUGUCCUCGGGGCGAUGCUCGUGUCGGCGGACUUCCUGAGCCUGGAAUUGACCCCGCCCAGUGUCCUGGCCCCGGGGUUCACCUACCCGGUUGGCGGGCCGGCCGAUGGCAAGGGCCCUGCCGGGGGGGGGCCGGCCGGCGACCGGGACUUCGUGGACUCCCUGAGCGAGGGCCCGGACCCGCUGGCCCGGGCCGACCUCAUCGCCACCGGCCAGGUGAGCCAGCUGGCGGUUCGGGCCCCGGAGAUGCGUCUUUCGCACUUGGCCCUGGCGGCGCCGGUGGUGGAUUCCGGCCUGGCCGGGGCCGGGGCCGCGUGCCUCGGCUGCCUGGAGGCCGCCCUGAUCGGGGGCUUCUUCCACCGGACGGCCGACCUGGCCCGGGAGUCCGGGCUCUCGCCGGCGGCGUGGGCCGCGCAGUUGGAAAUCCCGGCCGGGGAUUUGCCGCUGCACUGUGGCCAGCAUCCCUGGGCAGCUGGCGGGUGCGCGGCCUCGGCGGCUGCCCCAUCGAAGCCCAUGGUCCGGCGGUCGCCCUUCGACGAAGACCCGGCCCCGGUGGCGUCGACCAAGCGCUCUCCCUUCGACGAGCCGGAUGGCCCCUCCCCGGGGAAGCGGUCGCCCUUCGACGAGGCCCCGGCCCCGGCCCCGGGCCCGGGCCCGGUCCGGAGGUCGCCAUUUGAUGAUGCCCCGGUGCCGGGCAAGCGGUCGCCCUUCGACGAGGGCCCGAGCUUGGCCCCGGUGCCGGCGGCCCCGCUGGGCGAUUGCCUGUCGCCUUGCCUCGGGCGGCGGUGCGAUUUCGACCUGGCCGUGCACAUGCCCGGCAUGGUGGUCACCCCGACCAUGGGCCCGGUGGUGGUGGCGGUGGAUGUCCUGCUGCCGGCCUUCCCCGAGUCUCUGACCGGGGCCGGCCUGACGCGCGGCCGGCUCACCAGCCUGGCAGCCGUGCUGCCUGGUGCUUGGGUUGACGUUCGCCUGGGAACCGGCGAGCCGAUCCCGGUGCUGGCGGACUCCCGCUCGGUGGCUUGCAUGUUUGCCUGCCUGACCGAGACGCUGGGCCCCUUCUUCCGGAUGCGGCUCAUGUCGCCGGUGCACCUGCCGGCCGGGGCCGGGGCCGGUCGAAUUGACCAGGCCGGGCUCCUGGCGACCGGGGCCGGCUCCGCGGCAUACGGCUCGCCCGGUGGCGAUGGCAGCGACAACGGUGGCAGCAUUCCCGGCAGCCCGGCCGGCCUCGGGCCCGGGUCCCGGCGGCUGAGCUUCCACCCGCCGGCGGACACGCGCCCCCGGUGGCGACCGGCGGCCGCCGGGGGCACCGGCGAUCCGCUGAUCUCCGGCACGGCGGCCGCCGAUGCGGUGGACGAGGUCCCCGGGGACUUUGUCAAGGCCCGGGUGUCGGUCUUCGUGUCGCCGAUGCGCAUUCGGCUGUCGCUGCCGGCGCUGGCAGCAUUGGCCCCGGGGCCCGGGACCCCGGCACUGACGCGCCCCCGCCGGGGCAGUGUCUUUGGCGGCCCGGCGGCGCCGGCUCGCUCGGGCACCAGCACAUCGCUGGCCUCGGUGGCCGCCGGGCCGGGCGCCGGGCCGGCCAUCGCCCUGGUGGUAGCCACCGGGGCCUUGCGUCUGUCGGUGCGCGACUCCCAAAAUAUGACCUCCGUGCGCAUGGGGCUCGACGGGGCCCGGGUGUCCUUGAGCCUGCCCGACCCGACCAGCGGCUCGGAGACGUCCCUCUCCUCGGCGCUCCUGACCAUCGUCGACAUGGGGAGCAUCGGCUCCGGUGAUGGGGGCCCCGUCGUGCCGGCCAUGCGGCUGCUGGUGCGCUCCGGCCGGCAGGUCACCCCGGGGGCGGUCCUGCAGCUGGCCGGGCGCCGGGGCGUCGGCAUGCCGGAUCUCCUGCUGGACACCCUUCCCGGGGCGGAGCGCGUCCCGGGCACCGGGGCCCGGCUGCCGGGCGGCCGGGCCCGGGCCUACAAGGAAAUCGAGGUGUCCUUCCCCUGUCCCUCGGUGCAUGUGACCCUGCCCCUGUCAUCGAUCAUGGCCAACCUCGGCCGGCAUUGGUCCGGCCCGGGUGACGUGGCGGCCAUCCGCCGGGCGGUGGCCAGCGUGCAGCAGCUCCUGGCACACCGGGAUCUGGGUGUGCUGGCCCGGUCGCUGGCGGGCUUCGGCCGGGUGGUUGCGCCGGGGGCGGGCCCGCGUCUGGGUGCCGCCUGCCUGGCCCCGGACCUCGGGGCUUGGGGGGUGUUCCACCAGGGCCUGGGCGAGCGCUCGGCCAUGCCGCCAGCCCGUGGGUCGGGCAGCAGCAGCGGCGGCGGCGGCGGCGGCGGCGGCGGCGGCGUCAGCAAGCAGCCCUCGGCCGCCGGGCUGCAUCCGCUCCCGGCCACCUGGACCCAGGUGUAUGCGCUGGCCGGCUCGGCCAAGGACCACAUCCGGCUGGCAUUGCCGGCGCUCGAUGUGGAGAUCCGCCUGCCGGGCAUCGGCGGAGCGCCGGUGACCGACGCGACGGCCGACGCGUCGCCCGGUCGGCGGCCGGCUGCCUCGGCUUCCGGGGCCGCGGCCGCGGUCAGCUCCUCCUCGCUGGGCUUCCUGGUGGAGGGCCUGUGCCUGGAAAUCGUGGAGGGGGUGGCCUUCACCCGGGCGCCGGGGACCGCCAGCCUGAGCCCGGGCUUCGGCCGGCUGGCGCUCAGUGUGUCGGCCACGCGCGUGUCGUCCACCUUCACCCCGGGCACGGGGCUCGGCAUGGCGCCGACCCCGAGCUCGGCCGCCGCGCGCGAGCACAUCCUCCGCAUUCGGCCCCUGCCCACUCCGGGGAAUGCCAGUCUCCGGGCCGGGCAGCUGUACUGGUCGAUGCUCGGGGACCCGGCCGUCGGGACGGCGCCCCUGGUCGGGCCGCUGUCCCUCUCGGCGGCCGAGAGCAUGUGGGUCUUCUGCCCGCGGGUGGAUGCCACCGGGCGCGCGCAGCCGUCCGCCCAUGGGGCCGGGCAUGGCGGCGACCUGGGCGCCGGCGAGCCGGCCGCCCGGCGCCCGGUCAUGCUCCUGCGCCUGAGUCUGCCAAACCGGGCGGUCGUCGCGCCGGCUGUUGGCCCGGCGGGCCCGGCCUCCCUGUGGCCCUUGCUCCAUGGUGGGGACCUGGCCGCCGGCGGGGGGAACCCCUUCGACACGCGGCCAGCCGGGCCGGGCGCCGGCGCGGCCCCGGCCGGGUCCGAACUCCUGUCGGCCACCGAUCCGUAUCUCCUGCUGCCGGGUGCCCUGGGCCGGCCGGAGCCAGCCAACACCGUGUCCGCGGCCGUGGACCUCGGUCGCCUGGAGGUGACCCUCCCCCCGAGCUUGUCCCUCUCACUGCUGGACCUCAGCCACUUGGCCUCCCUGUCGGAGAGUGUCAUCCGCCCGCGGGUCCAGACGACCAAGGCCGUUGCGGCGGCGGCGGCGGCGGCGGCCGCCGCCGCCGCCGUCACCAGCAACCCCUUCGCCGGCGCCGGGGACGCCGACGGCAGCCCAGCAGGCGAGGCGUCCACCAUGUCGGCCCCCACGCUGACGGAGAAGCUGCUCCCGGUGGCUCGGCAAUUGCGCUGCGUGACGGUCUUCACCCGUCUGCAUGGGCUGGAUGUUGGCCUGCUGCUGAGCCUGACGAGCUUCGGCAAGGGCGGGCCCGGUGGCCCCGGCGCCGGCGGCCCGGGCCGCGGGUCGGCCGGGCCGGCGGCCACCGGGGCCGGGAAUGCCGCCGCCCGGCUGUCCAUCACGGCCGGCGAGCUGCUGGCCGCGAUUGGCCAGCUGCCGGACUUCCAUGCACAUGCCCUGCCGGGCGUCGCUUCCACGGACCCGGGCCCCGGUGACGGGGUCUCCACGGCGGACGGCCAGCUCUUUGACACAUGGCCCAUGUCGGUCAGUCUGGCCGGCCUGGCGGUCAGCAUGACGCCGAGCCAGCGCCAGGCGCGCAUUGGCACCGGCCGGGCCUCUCGCCUGGCCUCCGCCCCGCGCGGCAGCCUGCCGGUCCUGCUGCCCUUGAACCUGACCGUGAAGGCCGAGCCGCGCCUGGCCCGGGUGUGUCCCAGCUGCCCGGUUGACCAGUCGCACCCGGCGCGGCUGCCCCGGGCUCGGGCCGGCAGCUCGUCAGCCGAUCGGGGGAACCCCUUCGCCGGUGGCCGGGCCCCGGAUGGCGGGUCCUUCGGCGAUCGUGGGAACCCCUUCGGCGGGCCGGCUCCCUCGGCCAGGAGUAACCCCUUCGACGGCGGCCCGGCCACUCGGACCCCGGCCAGGGGCAAUCCCUUCGCCAGUGGCGAGCCGGCCGGCGCCCGGGGCAACCCCUUUGCCAGCCCGGCGCGCGACCCCCGGACGCCGGUUCUGGCCGAUGUCGCGUGCAUUUGCCAGUCGGCGGCCGGCCGGCCACCGGUGGCCCUCUGCCGAGUGGAUGUCCGAGCGGAGCUCGGCGUCGUGGUCGUGUCCGGCCGCGGGCUGGAUGCCGCGCUGACUGCCGUGGCGGAUGAGCUCCUGCCGCUGCUGGCCCCGCGGUGCAUUGCCAUUUGGGCGGCGCGCGGCGCUGUGGCCGCCGCCGGCGAGGACAGCACCCCCUUCCUGAUUGGCAGUGCCAGCCCGGUGCUGGGGGGGCCGGGCAGCAUGGUGGCCGCCGCGUCGAGCGUGCCGCUGACCAUGCGCCAGCGCCGGCUUCUCCACCGGCAGAGCCGGGCCUUCCACCGGAGCGGCCUGGACUUCCAGCAUGGCAUGCUGCUGGAGUCGCGUGUGGAUGUUCGCCUGGCCGGGGCACGCUUCGAGCUGGCCCUGCCCGGGGCCCUGCUGCCGGGGGUGGCCGAUCCGCCGGAGCACCUGCCCACCAGCUUCCCCUUCGCCCAGGUGGACCCGGUUCAAGUGACCGCGGUCCUGAGCCUCGGCAAGCCGGCCAGCUGGGACGCCCCGGCCCACUUCGACUGCGAGAUGGACCUGUCCCUGCCCGGGGAAACGGCCUUGCGCGUGGAUCCGGCGGUCAGCCGGUUCCUGCUGCAGCUGGCGGCCGCUGGCCAGGCGCUGGCCCUGCAGGCCCAUCCCAUUGUUCGGCUUCUGUCCCAGGCGUCGCCGGCCACCGGGCGUGCCGAUGCCGGGGCCGGGUCGGCGGCGGCCGGCGGCUCGGCCGGCGGCUCGGCCGCCUCGCCCGGGUCCUCCCCGGCCAGCGGGUCUGCAUCAUCCGGGCCAGCCGGUGGCGCCGGCGCCAGCGCGCAUCCCCUGUCUCUGAUGAGCCGCAUCCGGCCCGGGCACUUUGCCGUCCGGGCGGUCAUCGGUCCGGUGGUGGCCAUCCUUUCGCCGAGUGCGCUGCCGGCUCCGGGGGCCCCGGCCCCGGGGGAUUGUCCGCCGUUGGCCCAGCUGUCGCUGGCGGCCAUGCGGGUGCGGCUCUUCCUGUCGCCGGACCCGGCGCUGGUGGAGUCGGUCGAGACGCGGGCCGGGCUGCUGGACCUCGGUGGGGCGACCGGGACGGCGGCCGCCGCGGCCGCCGCCUCCGUGCCCCUCGGGUCGCUGGGCUUGCUGCCAGGGGCCACGGUCGCCUGGCGUGUCAGCUGCGCGGUCAGCCUCGAAGAGGCGGCCGUGUGGCAGACCCUGCCCUGCGCCCGGCCGGCUGGGGCAUCCUCCCCCGGCUGUCGGUAUGAUCCGGCCAUGCAGGCCUGGUCGUGCAAGCGCCCCGGCGGCGGGGCCACCGGUCCCGGCGGCAUCAAGGCCUCGGCCUGGUCGCAGGGCCGGCGCGAUUCGGUCCUCAGCCCCCUCGGGGUGGAGGCCUUCCUCGGCGGCAGCGUGGCCCUGUCGGUGCCCUUGCUGAGCCGACUCUAUCGCGAUGCCGGCGGGGCUGAUGGGCCGGUGGCCGCGGCCGCCGGUGCCCUGCCGACCCCCCUGUGCCCGGACCGUUGCGGGCAUCACCACCUCUUUACCGUGGCCCUGUCGGUGCCCUUGCUGAGCCGACUCUAUCGCGAUGCCGGCGGGGCUGAUGGGCCGGUGGCCGCGGCCGCCGGUGCCCUGCCGACCCCCCUGUGCCCGGACCGUUGCGGGCAUCACCACCUCUUUGCGGCCACCGCCCCGCGGCUGGUGUCCGGGGAUCUGGUGGGGACGGUGAGCCUGGCCGCGGCCUCGAGCACCGCCGCGGCCGGUGGGUCCUCCUCCUCGGAGCUGCUCACGGUGGCCGCGGCGGCGGCCGCCGCCGCCGCACAGGAUGACCCCGCCAGUGGGGGCUCUUCGCCCAGGCUGCCCGGCGGGCCUGGCUCCCCGGGCAGCCCCGGGCGCCCGGGCGGGCUGCUCCUCCGCGUGACCCCGCUCCUGGCCCGGGUGCUGCCCGGCGGGCCUGGCUCCCCGGGCAGCCCCGGGCGCCCGGGCGGGCUGCUCCUCCGCGUGACCCCGCUCCUGGCCCGGGUGUGUGCUUUGGCCUUCGCGGCGCCGGCGCCGGUCGCCGGGCCCGGGAGCGCGGUGGCCGCGGCGGCCGUGGCUCCGGGGUCCUCUUCGGCCGGCGGCCGUGGGGUGGCCGGCGUGGCCAAGGCCGAUGCCCGGGCCAAGCACGCCGCCGGGGCCCCGGCCAGCCGGCACUCCUUCCACCACGACCCGAUCUUGGGCCAUGACGGGGAGUUCAGCUUCUAUUCGGCCCUGGCCGAGGCCAGUGCCGAGCGUCAGCAGGCCGCGCAGCAGGCCGCCUCGACAUCGGCCGGGCCGGCGCGCGGGCCUUUGCGCCGGGCCGGCGCCUCGGCCGCCGGCGGGCCCCCCCGGCGUAGCAUGUCCGCCGACUCGACCGUGUGCACGUGCGCCGAGCUGGCCAGCUCGAACCCCUUCGGUGGGGAGGUGUGUGCCGGGUGCACCGGGCGCCGGGUGUCGCGGGCCAGCCGGCCCUCCUUCGCCUCGUCGGUGUCCGGCCAGCCGCCGGCCACGACCGCCGGGCCGCAUGACCCCACCAGCGACAGCGAGUCGGAGUGCGACUCCGGCGACGAGCACCUCGCCGAGGGGUCCGAUGGCGGUGGUGGCCCCCGGCGAAGCAUGUCCUCCCCCGGGGUGGCAGCCGGCGCCGAGACCUCCUCCUCCUCCUCCUCCUCCUCGCCACCGGCGCAGGUCAUCGACCGGGAGGAUGUCCUGGUCCCGCGAUUGAUGAUCGAUCCGCCGCAAUCCACCCCGCUGGUGGACCACCAGGCCGGGGAGGACUUCCCCCAGCAGACCCCCCUGCCCGGGGUGUCCCUGGACUUGACCCUGGUGCUGGCGCCCAUUUCCAUCGAGAUUACGUGUCCCCCGACGGAGGCCGGGGCCCCGGUCGGGGCCGACGCCCAGUGGCUGACCUUCGGCCUGCCGGGGGAGACCAGUGUCCGAGUCAGCGGCUCGGCCCCUGGGCGCCUGGCUUUGGCGGCCGCCGUGCCGGCCUUCUGCCUGCUUUCGGCCACCCCGGCCGAGGGGGUGUGGGAGGAGAUCCUGGCCGGGCUGGGGGUCCGGCUGGAUGCGCACGCGCGGGUGGACCUCUGGCCACCGGGCUCGAGCCCGGCCUCGCGGGCGCCACACUUUGCAUCGAUGUCCCUGCCGCCGAACUUCGCCCAGCAGGACGCCUCGGCCGGGGAUGUGGCGGCGGCCAUGGCCGCCGCGUCGGCCCCGGCCCCGGCCCCGGGGCUUCGCCUGCAGCAGCCGGCCUACUUCGUGGAGUCCGGCCGCGAUGCGGCGCAUGCCGUCAUCCCGGGCAUCUCCCUGGGGGGCGGGCCUCUGCGGCUGUCCCAGGCGCGUAUCGGCAUGUCGGUGGGGUCCGGCCCGGCGGCCGCCGGUGCCACGACCGUUCGCCUGUCGGAGGCCGUCAUGACCAAGGGCAUGGCCGCGGUGGCCGGGUGGAUGGCCAGCCUGGCGCCCACCGGCUCCUCCCCGGUGCCGGGCCCUGUGGCCACUGGCCCGGUGGCGGAAUCGGCCUCGGCCGAAAUGCAAGCCGCCUCGGCCUCGGCCGCGGCGGCGGCCACCAAGGCGGUGGACGAAUUUUGGCUGUACAACCGCACAGCGGCCGAUGUGUUUGUCCAGUUGCCCGGGUGCCUGGCGUCGGGUUCCGGCCAUGGGCCGGGCUCGUCGGCCGCCACCGGCCCCAACAGCACCAUCCACCUGCUGCCCUUCUCGGAUGUCUUGUGCCAGUUUGUUCGUCCCCCUUCGGGAUCCGGCUGGGACCCGGCCGCCCUGCUGGAGCCCGUGUGCUUCGGCUUCGGUGGCACCGGGCCCGGGUCCGGGUCGGACACGGCGGUUUCGCUGCCGGUCCGGCUGCUGGUGGUCCCGCCGCCGGCCGACACCCCGGCCGGGGGUUAUGUUCGACUGGAGCCGCGUGCCAACCCGGCCGAUGGCGGCGGCGCCGGCGCCGGCGGCCUCUCCCGCCAGGGGCCCGCCCAGCAGUUCUCCCUUCUGCUGGACUCCUCCCUUCCCGAGGGGGAGGAUGCCCCGGUGGCCGGGCCCAUGGCCGGGGCUCCCCCCUCGGCCACGGUCAUGCGCUGGAUCAUCCGCGCUUCCUACCUGCUGGAAAACCACGGCCCGGACCCGGUGGCGGUGUACCCCUUCGAGACGCCGGUUCCCGGCAAGGCUGGCCCCGGGAGCGGCACAUCCGCCGAUGGCCGCCGGCGCCGGGCCAGCAUCGACGACGGGGCCCUGCUCAUCAACGGCGUGGACAUGCGGCGCAUUGCCUACCUUGACCGGUGGUCGCGCCGGCCGCUGCACUUCCCCCCGGCCCUGGGAGCCAGUGGGGGCCCGGCUCGCGCCUGGGGCCCUGGCGGGGACCCCCCCGGCCCGGUGGCCCCGGCCGGCAGGCGGACAUCCACGGCCCCGGCCACCGCCGCCGGCUUGCCUCCGAUGAUGCCCACCCUCCGGUGGAUUGCCCUGCGUGUGCUGCUGCCCAACAUGACCGACACCUGGACGGCGCCGGUGUGUGUCGGCUCGUCGACCGACGUGCCCGGGGCACCUGGCCAUGGGGCAUCCUUCGCCGACCGGCUGGUGCUCAAGAUCCCCGGGGGCCGGCUGCUGGGCCUGUCGGUCCUGCAUCGGGGCUGCCUGACGCACAUCCAGGUCCAUGGGUUCCUGCGACUGCCGCAUCCGCUUUCCCUGUGGGUGGCCCCCUCCACCAGUGCCCUGGACUUGUUGCUGGCCGAUUUGGCCCUCGGCCGGGGUGUCGGCGGGGCGGCCGCCACCCCCGGCACCAUGGUGCAAGUGGAAAAUACCCUGCUCACCGGCGGGGUCAAGGUGUGGCAGCAUCUGGAGGCCCCGGCCGGCAUGGGGGCCGUGCCGCCGGUGGCCUUCCCCGCGACGCUGGUUCCCCCGCGCCAUGUCCGGUGGUAUGCCUGGGACGCGCCGCACAAUGUCCUGUCGGUGGCCGGGGCCCAGGCCCCGGGCAGCGGCUUGCGCUAUGUCGGCGGCCGGCGCCUGCUGUGCAUCGAGGUGGCCGGCACGCGGGUGCUGGUGGAUCCUCGCUGCCCGGGCCGGCAGGUGGUCCUUGUGGCCCUGCCAUUGCCCUCGGCCGCGCAUCUAUCCUUCACCGUUGUUCCGGACAACAUCGGCCAGGGCCUGCGCCCGGGCAGUAGCGGCCCCUCCAGCCGCCGGGGGUCUGUGGCCUCCCUGUCGGCCGGGCACGGCACCUCCAUGGCGGCCAAUCCCUUUGACGAUGCCGGGCCGCGGACCCCCCCGCGGGCCAGCACCCGCACCGGGCCGAGCAAUCCCUUCGCCGGGGGCCCCGGCUCGUCGCUCAUCGCCCCGAAGGCGGCGGCCGCCUCGACACACACCUCGCUCGAGGCCACGGACGCGGCCCUGCGCUGGAGCACGCACUCGGCCACGGCGGCCGCCACGCUCGUGGCCUCGGCCGCCCCGCCCAGCACCCCGACCGGGCAUUCCAGCUCGCCGCGGCCCAAGGCCGGCACCGGGCCCGGGAAAUCCCGCGUCCCCGGCCCGCCGGCCGUGCGCUGGGUCGAGGUCCCGGUCGAGGUGGCGGUCCUGCGUGGGGGCCGGGUCCGCAUCGGCCUCUCGCCCGGGGGCCCGCUCUCGGCCCAAGCCACCCCCGGGGCCGCCGGUGCCACCGGCUCGGGCGAGGCCGACCCCGGUGGCCAUGCCGUGGAACUGGCCUUCAAGCUGACCCUGGCCCCCAUUCGCUUGAGCCUGGCCCUGGGGACGCCCGGUGCCCGGGCCGUCGGCCGGCACCUGAUCCCCUCGCUGCCGGACGAGAUCAUGUCCACGCCGGCCUCGGCCUCGAGCUCCGGCAGCAUGCUUCGCUUGUCCCGGCGCCCGGCCGGGCCCGGCGCACCGCCCACGGUCAUCGGCCUCUCGCAUGGGGUCUUCUGCCGGCUGGACAUCGGCACGAUGGUCGUGCACCUGACCCUGGCCCCGCCGCUGUUGGCCCCCUCCACGGCAUACGGGCCGCUUGGGCUGGCUCAGCUCCCGGCCGACCCGGGGCUCGAGGCGGCCGCAAUGGCGGCGGCGACGGCGGCGGCGGCGGCGGCGGCGGCGGCGGCCCCGGGCAGCGCGCCCGCGCCUCGCCGCGGCCUGUCCGGCGUCCGCGCUGUCGACGCCUCCUCGCACUCGGCUCUCUCCGUGUCGCUGACCCUGCAGUCGCUGGGCGUCGUGCACUACGCCAAUGGGGUGCAAUUUGAGUCGGUGCUCGAGGCCCGGGCCGCGGCCGGUCCCGGGACCCCCUGGCUCCGGGUGGCUGCCAUGCUGGACCUCCCGGUGACCGGGCUUGCGCGCGUGGGCGGGACACCGGCCGGGCGUGCCUCCCCCGCUGACACGGGCCUCCUGCUGGCGGUGCCUUUCGCCUCGGUGUCCCUGGCCGGGCCGCUGGUGGUUCGCGUGGAGGAUGCCCUGGUCAGCCGGUCGCUUUUGGUGUUCGAGCCGCUGUUCAACUUCCUGGCGGACUUGUCGCCGGCCGGGCCGGCGGCAGAUGCCGGGGGCCCUUCGGGCCCGGGCGGCCCGGCCGCCGGGCCGGCUGUCGCCCCCCCUCCGCCCGAACUUGGCCACUUGUACUUGCGCCUGGGUGUGUUGGACAUCAGCCAGGUGGAUGUGGCCCUGUCUCUGGCCCUCUCCUCGCCCGGGGAGCUUCCGGGCGGGGCGCGUGCUCGUCGGCAGGACCCGGUCCGCGCCGGGCUGGCCGCCGCCACGGCAUGGGGCGCGCUGCGCGUACGCGACGCCUCGCUGUCCAUGGCCCGGCAGCGCUUUUCCCAAAAGUCCAGCACCCUGCGCGAGCAGGCACGCGAGCUUCCCCCGGGUCCCCGUGGGGCUCCCCCCUCGGCGGCGCCGCCUGGCAGUGCCCCGGCCGAUGCGGCGCUCUUUGCCGCGGCCGGCGGCAUGCGUCUGGUUCUCUCGCCGCUUGCCGGGCCGCCGGUCGGCGGGUCGACGGCUGACGGCGGGCCGCCGCCGGGCCCGGCCGGCACCCAUGGUGGCCCCUCGGCCCUGGCUCUGGUUCUGCCACCCGGCUCGGAUUUCGGCUUCGCCCAGCGCUUCUGGCUGGAGAUGGUGGACACGCGAGCCAGCUCCGCGGACCUCGUGCCGGCCCUCAUCCGGGCGUAUGUGCCCUCGCUGGCCACGCAGAUGGCCACUCGCAUUGUGCCAAUGGCCCUGGUCCGGUCGAUCUUCGGUGUCUUCCUUGGCUAG